AUGUUGGGCUACACUCGCAUAUCGAACGCUGUGACUCGCCUCGAGGGCGGGUGCAGCAGCGCCAGCGACGGCGCGGCAGGUGGCGGCGGCGGCGGCAGUGGCGGCGUUGAGCUGCUGGUUGUGGGCGCUGCACCCCUGGCCGGUGGCUGGGCCGACUGUGAUUCUCUUGAGCAGCUGCUACGCGAGAAGCAUCCGUCCUUCCUGGUCGUGGAGGGCGCCCCCGGCGGCGACCCCGGCAGCAGGGCCCCGUCCCCGCCGCAGCAGCCAGGCACGCCCGGGGCGGCGGGCGGCGCGCGCCUGGCGCAGCUGCGGGGACUCGCGGCCGCCGUGGGCGCGCGCGUGGUGCUCGCGCCGUCGCCGGACAGCGCGUCGCUGCUGCAGCAGCUGGUGGCGCAGGGGCGGCUGGAGGCCGGGCAGGUGGAGCGUGCUGCGGCUGCGGCAGCUGCGGGGCUAGACGAGCUCGGGCAGCUGCUGCUGAGUCAGCAGCAAGAACAACAGCAGCAACAGCAGCAGCAGGGGUCGCCAAGCAAAGCCGGGGAGGGCGCCGGCGGCGUGCGCGCAGACGUGGCGGCGGCGGCCGCGGCCGCGGCAACGGCAGCUGCGCCUGGGCGCCCGCGGCCGCAGUCGCCGUCGCUGGUCGCCGGGUUGGCGCAGGCGCUCUUCGGGAUAUCAUUGGAUGAGGAAACCGACAGCGACGGCGGCGGCGGCGGCGGGGGGGCUGCGGGCCUGCAGAGAGACGCCCCAGACCUUGCCCUCCGCCCCAGCGCCGGCGCCCCCGGCGCCGCCGAGGCGUCCGCGCGCCGCCGCGCCGCGUGGCGCCGCGGCCUCGCGGUCGCGUCGCUGCUGCGGUGGCUGGACGAGAACGACGUGCCCUGGCGCUUCGUGGGGGGCGGCGGCGCGAUCAGCCUCGGGGGCGGCAGCGACGACGACGACUCAGACAGCGACGACGACGACUCAGACAGCGACGACGAGCGCGGCGGCGGCCGCGGGCCGCGCGGCGGCGGCGGCGGCGGCGGGCCGGGCGGUGUGCCGUAUGAGGAUGCAUUCAAAUCGCUGCGGGAGGACCUGAAGCGGCUGCUGCCUGGGGACGACGACGACGGCAGCGGCGGCGGCAGCGGCGGCGUCAAAGACAGGGACGGCCGCGGCGGCCCGGGGGCGGGCAGCGGCAGCGGCGGCGGCAGCGGCGGCGACGGCCUGCUGUCUCGGGGCGAGUUUGAUCUGGUGAUUGAGAUCGGGUCGGGACCCGAGAGGAAGCUGAUGCGCAUCAAGGUGGACAGGGACAUGCGGCCGUACAGCGGCGGCGCGCAGGCUGCGGGCGCCGCGGCCGGCGCAGAUGGCAGCGGAGCCAAUAGCAGCGGCGGUGAGAGCCGGGGCGAGCGCGCGCCUCCCCGCGGUGCCGCUCCGCGGCGCGAUUUGGGCAGCGGCCGCCCGGCUCCGGGGCCAGCGGAGGACGCUCCGCCGCCGCUGCUGCCGCGGCCCGCGUUCCCGGGAGCGCUGCCGCCCCUGCCAAAGGCGAAGGGCGGCGCCGCUGCCCCCGUUGGCGGCGAGGGCAGCAGCGGCAGCAGCAGCCGUAGCAAUAGCAGCAGCAGCACCGGCAGGGCUGUCGGCGACGGCAGCGGCGCCGGCGAUAGCAGCGGCAGCAGCAGCAGCACCGGCAGGGCUGCCGACCGCGGCGACGACGCCGCCAGCAGCAGCGACAGCAACGCCAGGGCUGCUGAUGAGGCGCGUGGGACGGACGCCGGCAGAAGUCCAGAGCCCAGCGGCAGCGGCAGCGCCGGCGAGGGCGCCGGUGGCAGCGGCAGCGGCAGCGGCAGCGGCAGCGGCAGGCAGGAGUCGCCCGAGCGCGAGAUGGCGCGGGAAGUCGAGGAGUUGGUCAAACAGCGGUCAGACUUGCUGAAGCAGCGGCUGGCGCUCGCCCGUGCGUUCAGCCAGGCGCCCGCAGAGGGCAGCGGCAAAGGGCGCAGCGACGGCGGCGGCGGCGGAUCGGACGCGGCAAGUUCUGCCGGGGCUGGUGGGAGCGGAGGUGAGCCUGUGGACGCUGCAGCUGCGGCGGCGGCAGCGGCGGCUGCUGCGUCUGCUGCUGCUGCUGCUGCGGCGGCGGCAGCUGCAGGCGGCGCGGGCGGAGGCGAGGAUGAUGACAAGGCAGUGGUGAGGCCGCGGGCGGGUGUUGCAGACGAGACGGAGGCCGAGGGCGAGGGCGAAGAGGAGGAGGCGGAGGAGGGUGAGGAGGGGGCCGAGGUUGUGGUCACUGAGGACGGCAUCGUGAUGAUCGGCGGCGUGGCGGUGGGCGAGCUCGUCAUCCAGGACAGCGAUGACGACGACGACGACGACGACGACGAUCACAGCGAUGACGAUGGCGAUGCGGAAGUGGAGGAGGUGGAGGCCGUCAGCCUGGGCGACAGUGAUGAUGACGAUGACGACGAGGGCAUCCCGGCGGAGGAGGAGGCGCAGAUUGCGCGCAUCGCGCAGCAGCUGCUGCUGGAGCAGCGCCUGGCGGACCUGGGGCGCGCGCAGAGCCUGAGGAUGGGGGAGAUGAGCCUCGAGGAGACGAUGGUGCUCAUGACGGGCCUCAGUCGGCUGUCGCAGGUGCGGGGCGGGCUGGGUAUUGUGGCAACCUUGCCAGCGGAGGGUCGCAGCGGCACGGGUGCCUGCGAGUGA